AUGCAGAAGGCCAAGCGAACUGUGGAGACGGAAUACGCCGUAGUGGGCACCUGGGAGGAUACGAAUAUAACGCUGUCCGUUCUGGAGGCCUAUAUACCACGAUAUUUCCGCAAUGCCAAAGUAGCCUACUACUUGGGAAAAGAUCGCCUGUCAAGGGUAAAUCGCAAUAAUGUUACUCGCAUUGUUAGCGACGAAACCCGACUUAUUUUGAGGAAAAAUCUUACCAACGAGAUUGAGUUUUACGAGUUUUGCAAGCAGCGGUUGUAUCUUCAGUACGCGGCUUUGACUCAAGGAAUGAAAGUUGGGGAGGAUGACUACCUUUUGGUACCCGAACAGCAAAACGAUUACAAUGAGGACUAUUGAAAUAAACUUAUAGUAAGAACAAAUAAAAUACGUGAUAAGUCAGAAUGAAAUGUACAAUUAAAACUGAACUCAGGACUGUAAGAAUACAAAUUAAAAGAAACCGAACGUUGAUGCCA